AUGGCCAGAGUGAAGAGAGAUGAUUACAGCCCGGCAGCCCGACCCGCUAUCAGCACCUUUGGGACCAACCCUUCCGUACCGUGGAGGAACGAUCUUAGUUGCAAUUUUCCGUGGGAAACUGGAGGAAACGGGAGAGAGAGCGGCGAGGCCCGGGUCAAGCGGCCCUUGAACGCCUUUAUGGUGUGGUCGCGAGACCAGAGACGCAAGAUGGCUCUAGACAAUCCCCAGAUGCGAAACUCAGAUAUCAGCAAGCGGCUGGGAUGGCAGUGGAAGACGCUUACAGACGCGGAGAAAUGGCCAUUCUUGGAGGAGGCGCGGAGGCUGCGGGCCCUGCACCGACAGAAAUACCCCGACUAUAAGUAUCGCCCUCAUCGGAAGGCCACGAUGCUACAGAAGAGUGUCAAGCUGCUGCCCGCAGGCUCCUCGUCAAUACUGUGCAGCCAGCUGCACGUGAACCCCAGGUUGCACACCUUCACACACACCGAUAGCUGUACACAGGCCCCACGCUCACGAAUGGAAGACCAGCCACGCUGCUCACCGUGCAUGAACACCGCCAGCUCACUGCUCCAAGAGCUGCUCCGCAGCAACUCCACACGCAUACAGGACAGCCCCGUGACACUGGUUAAUGCAGACUUCCGCAGGUGCUCCCUUUUACUGUAA